AUACCCAACUUCAAAAACUCUUCAUAAACUGAUCUAUUACUUAGCAUUGUUGCUUUAAGCUACAAAAGUUCUAGGAGAUCAUGGACCUAAUCACCAGCAUGGUAGCUGAAAGGCCCGUGGUGAUCUUCAGCAAGAGCACAUGUUGCUUGAGCCACUCCAUGACCACACUGAUACGUAGCUUUGGUGCAAACCCUACUAUUUAUGAGCUUGAUGAAAUGACAAAUGGGCAACAGAUUGAAAGUGCACUGCUUCAAAUGGGGUGCCAGCCAAGUGUACCUGCUGUCUUUAUAGGACAACAAUUCAUUGGUGGAUCUAAGAGAGUUAUGAGCCUGCACCUUAGGAAUGAGUUAGUACCAAAGCUCAUAAAUGCUAGAGCAAUAUGGAUUUGAUGCAAAAGUAAUUUCUACUAUAUAACUACCAAACAAGAGAACAGUACUGAAAUGUCAACUGAAUAAUUAAGGGUUUUGAACUCUGGCUAUCUGGCUAUACAUGCCUUAGUUCACAUUCGGACAUGUCUUUAGUUCUCUGAUUAAAAUAAAGUUUCGGUGGUCCAUCUUUUGGACAUCUUACUUAGAGGAUGUCAUGUCAAGUACGCAGUUAUGACUUCUUUGUUUAAAAGAAUAUAUAAAAUGAACAUCAUUUGGCAUGCAAUUA